GGAUUGUGUGUAAACCUGAACACCCUGGACCAGGUCUCGCCUCUACAUGCAGCGUGCAUGCAAGGCCACACAGCCUGCGCCAAACUUCUGCUGGAAAACGGAGCAAAUGUUAACAGCCCCACUGUGGAUGGACAAACCGCCCUGUCAGAAGCGUGUGCCCGGGGUCAUGUGGCCUGUGUAUCGAUGCUACUUCAGCAUGGYGCAGACCCCCAGGGGACCAGCCCGUCCAGCUCUCCAACCCACCAGGCUGCAGCUAAAGAUCAAAGGCCACUCKGAGUCGAAACCCUGAUUCAGAACAGCGCAGACGUGGAUCAGCACACUGACACCAUGGGUUCUCCGCUUGCAUCAACCAGCAACUGAGCGCUGUAAGAAAACCGCUGCAGCUGGCUGAGACGAAAUCACACUUUUAAUCAGGGGUGUAAGAAAAUAUCGAUACACUGAAAUAUCGCGAUAUUUCAUUUCCCGAUACUGUAUCGAUAUUCUAAAGCC